AUGCAGCCAACACCCGUCCUCGCUGCGGCCGAAGCAGGACGUAGCCUGUCACAGCUUGCCUCCACCCCAACCGCACAAGAUGCUGCGGUGGCAACACCGCAACCUGCACCUGCACAGGCCACUCCAAGCAGCGGCGACGGCGCCCAAGAGCAGUACCUCGUUGUUCUCUCCGGCCUCAUAGGCAGCGGCAAGUCUACGUUCGCACGUGCUCUAUGCGAACACUACCCCGAAUGGCGGCGCUGCAAUCAGGACGAACUGGGAGACCGACAUGCGGUGGUCGACGCUGCUCGUACAGCCCUGCUCGCUGGCCACAACGUCGUCGUCGACCGCACCAACAUCGACGCGAGGCAGCGACGGACGUGGCUCGAACUGGCCCGCGAUAUUUCUGCACCUCGAUCGGACAGCAACGACCCGGCUGUGCGAGGUGGUGGGGCGAGCACACCCGCGCGCAGGGUGAUCACCGUCUCGCUGACGCUGACCAUCUCUACGCUGGUUGCCGAAGAGCGUCUGCGGGCAAGGACAGGACACGAAACCAUAAAGACGCCCCAAGAAGCAUUGGGCAUCUUGCCGCACUUCCUGCGCAUGUAUCAGAAGGCGACGGUCGAGGAAGGGUUCCACUAUGUGUUGACUUUCCCGGCGGCGAAGAUGUCGAGGGAACCGAGUGUGGAUGAGGUCAGGGCGAUUUUGUUGGAUCGGCUGCAGAGCGAGGUUAGGGGCGAUGGGGUGUUGCCUGAGAGACCGCCGGCGAGGUCAGGAGGUGGUGGUGGAAGAGGUAGGGGUAGAGGGAGGGGAAGAGGGGCAUCGGCGGUGUAUACUCCGCAUCUCCAGCAUCAGCCACACCCUACGACACCGCGUGUUCAACCGCCAGCUGCCGCGCUGGACACGUCGGCAAACGCCGAACAAGGUGCACCAUCGUUUGCUGCCGCUGCUUCUCUCCCUCCACUGGCACCACAAGCAGAACUCAACUCUCAACAGCCGCAAGCAUAG